GCGAGCGUGUACGCCGUCGGCACCUGCUCGUGCCUGUACAUCUCGCGCCCCACCUUCCUGCGCGUGCUCGGGCCGCUGCAGAGCCUGCUGGAGCGCAACGUGGGCAAGUACGAGAAGUACACCGACGCGAUCCACGCCGCCAGGGACGAGCAGGAGCCGGGCCAGACGUCGGCCCGCCGCGCCUCCGACGCCGGCAGGGCCCCCGAGGACGAGGAGUUCGACGGCAGCCUGGCGCUCCCGGGCACGGUGAAGCACAGGGUCGUCAGCCGGAAGCGCGAGAGGGCGUCCGACCAGGCCAGGCUGGACAGGAUGAAGAGCGAGCGCCGCGCGAUCGCGGAGGCCGUCGCAGGGAAGGGGGAGCAGGGUGCGCCCAGGGAGGCGGCGACGCUCGCCGAGAAGGUGGCGCAGGACUUGGCGCGCCCAGAGCUCGUCGCGCCCUGCGGGGCCUACGCGCCCCCGGCGGGCUGCGCGCUGUCGCUGCACGCGGGCGUGCGCCUGGGCGCCCGCUUCGCCGACAGCAGCCCGCUGCACGUGCUCGGCUCGGCGUCCACUGCGCCCCUGGGCGAGGGCGAGAAGCUGUACAGCUGGCAGAGCUCGACGAAGCUAAAGUCGGCGACAGAGGUAAGUUUGAUAUGCCAGAAGGGCCAGAAAAUGCUGGAUGGCCAGGCAGAUCCUACGCCAAACCAGGACAACUGCUUCGUGCGCACCGAGGGGGCCAUCACGCUCUACGGCGUCUGCGACGGGCACGGCCCCUUCGGCCACCUGGUGUCCUUCAGGCUGUCGCAGACCCUGCCUCAUUUUAUUGCGGCCAGCAGCAACGGGGGGAAGAGCUGGGAGUUGGCGUUCAAGGACGCGUUCGCAAGCGCACAGGCGGAGCUGGUGAGCUUCGCCGAGGCGCAGGGUAUCAACAUCCAGGCGUCCGGCGCGGCCGCGUCCGUCCUCCUGCUGGAGGAGCAGACGGUACAUCUCGCGUUCGUUGGGGACUGUCGGAUCAUGGUGGGGUCGUGGAACCGGCACGACUCCCGCAUGAUCUUCGCCAGCAAGGACCACACGCCCGACCUGCCAGAGGAGAAGGCCCGCCUGCAGGCGGCGGGCAGCGAGGUGCGCGAGGUCGACCCCGGCACCCACCGCGUGUACAAGCGAGGGUCCAACUUCCCCGGGCUCAGCAUGUCCCGCACUUCGGCGACUCUGCCUGCGCCGGCGUGCUGCAAGAGCCGGAGUACCACCAGCUGCUGCUGCAGCCGACGGACCAGUGGUACGCCCUGCUCGCUAGCGACGGCAUCUGGGAGUUCCUGGAGAGCGAGGAGGUCCUCGGGCUGA